GAAAGAGAGUUUGUGUAUUUAUUUAUUUAUUUUGAACAAUUUCAAGUCAUAAAGUUUGAGAUGUUGGUCUUGUCACAGAGUUUGAAAUCUUUGUUGGGUUUUGAUUUUUAGCUGUGCUGUUGUUGCGAAAGCAUGGAAGCUCCUGAUCUUCAUAACGCGGGUAUAAUUGGUAGCUUUAGAAGAGGUAGUUCGUCAUGGAGAAGUGGUGGCGUGGAUGCUUACUCGAGGUCUUUCCAUGAUGAAGAAGAUGAAGAAGCUCUUAAAUGGGCUGCACUUGAAAAACUUCCUACUUUCAACCGGUUGAAGAAAGGUUUACUGACUACAGAGGAAGGCCAGGCCAGUGAAGUCGAUAUACAUGAUCUUAGACACCAUGAAAAGAAGAGUUUGCUAGAUAGGUUGGUGAAGGUCCCCGAAGAGGACAAUGAGAAGUUCUUGUUGCAGCUCAAGAACCGCUUAGAUAGGGUUGGAAUUGAACUUCCAACAAUUGAAGUCCGAUUUGAGCAUCUAAAGGUAGAAGCAGACGUUCAUGUUGGAAGCAGAGCUCUGCCUACAUUUUUUAACUUCUUUUUUAACAUAUUGGAGGGUGCCUUGAUUAAUCUCCAUAUUCUUCCAAGUAAAAAGAAACAUUUGUCUAUUCUUCAAGAUGUUAGUGGAAUCAUCAAGCCUGGCAGAAUGGCCUUACUAUUAGGACCCCCAAGUUCUGGGAAGACCACACUCUUACUGGCUUUGGCUGGAAAGCUUGACCCAAAAUUGAAGGUUUCAGGAAGGGUGACUUAUAAUGGCCAUAACAUGCACGAGUUUAUUCCCCAGAGAACUACUGCUUACAUCAGUCAACAUGAUAUCCAUAUUGCAGAAAUGACUGUAAGGGAAACAUUUGCCUUCUCUGGAAGAUGCCAGGGGGUUGGAUGGCGCCACGAGAUGCUAGCAGAGUUGUCUAGAAGAGAGAAGAUAGGCGGUAUUAUGCCUGAUCCAGAUAUCGAUAUCUUCAUGAAGGGAGCAUCAACUGAAGGCCAGAAGACAAGCAUCGUUACAGAUUAUAUUCUAAAGGUUUUGGGAUUGGAAGUGUGCGCAGAUACCAUGGUUGGGGAUCAAAUGUUAAGGGGUAUCUCAGGAGGACAAAAGAAGCGUGUUACAACAGGUGAGAUGCUCGCUGGACUAACCAAUGGCCUGUUUAUGGAUGAGAUAUCUACUGGUUUGGACAGCUCGACAACUUUUCAAAUUGUGAAUUGCCUCAAGCAAAAUAUUCAGAUUCUCCAUGGAACUGCUCUCAUCUCACUCCUUCAGCCACCACCAGAGACUUAUGAUCUUUUUGAUGAUAUUAUUCUCCUCUCCAAUGGCCAGAUUGUGUACCAGGGUCCCCGUGAACAAGUGCUUGAGUUUUUUGAAUCCGUGGGCUUUAAAUGUCCUCAGAGGAAAGGCGUGGCUGACUUUCUUCAAGAAGUGACAUCACAUAAAGAUCAAAAACAGUAUUGGGCACGUGAAAAUGAACCUUACAGUAUUGUCACAGUCGAUGAAUUUGUCAAGGCAUUUCAAUCAUUCCAUGUGGGAAGGCGGAUUCAAGAUGAACUUGCAAUUCCGUUUGACAAGAGCAAGAGCCACCCAGCUGCUUUAACAACUCAAACGUAUGGUGCUAGAAAAGUGGAACUCCUGCAAGCUUGCUUCUCCAGAGAAUUCUUGCUUAUGAAGAGGAAUUCAUUUGUCUACAUUUUCAAGAUUGCCCAGCUUAUUCUAAUGGCACUGAUUACAUCAACACUUUUUCUGCGGACCGAGAUGCAUCGUGAUUCAAUCAAUGAUGGAGGAAUUUAUACUGGUGCUUUGUACUUCAGUGUGAUUAUGAUUAUGUUUAAUGGAAUGGCAGACCUUCCCAUGACCAUUGAUUGGCUUCCUGUUUAUUACAAGCAGAGGGACCUCCUCUUUUUUCCUCCAUGGGCAUAUGCACUUCCAACAUGGAUCCUUAAGAUCCCUGUUUCAUGUGUGGAAGUCGCUGUGUGGGAAUGCAUUACCUACUAUACCAUUGGAUUUGACCCAUAUGUAGGAAGAUUUUUUAGGACAUACCUUCUGCUUGUACUUAUUAACCAGAUGGCUUCUGGAUUAUUCCGAUUUAUAGCAGCAGUGGGUAGGAGCAUGGUUGUUGCCAACACAUUUGGUUCAUUUGCACUGCUCGUGCUUUUUGCAUUGGGCGGUUUUGUCCUGUCAAAAGAGGAUAUAAAAAAGUGGUGGAUAUGGGGCUACUGGAUAUCACCCAUGAUGUAUGCACAGAACGCAAUAAUGGCUAAUGAGUUUUAUGGGGAAAGUUGGAACAAAGUUAUUACAAACUCAACGGAAAAUCUGGGACUAGCAGUUUUGAAGUCCCGUGGGUUCCCCCGACAUCAAUAUUGGUAUUGGAUAGGCGUAGGGGCAAUGAUCGGAUAUAUAUUACUUUUCAACAUCAGUUUCACACUGGCUCUUACUUACCUUAACCCAUAUAGGAAGUCACUUACUAUUAACGAAGAAGAAAAUCAAAGCACUGAACACAGUGACGGAACAAGAGAAGAGAAUGGUGAUGAGAUUCGAACUGAAAGUUCCUUGUCCAAUUCAACAUCUUUGGUGAAAGACACUGCUGUUGAGGCCAAUAAAAGCAGGCAAAAAGGAAUGAUUCUUCCAUUUAAACCACAUUCCAUCACCUUUGAUGACAUUACAUACUCUGUUGACAUGCCACAGGAAAUGAAGAAUCAAGGUGUCCCUGGGGAUAAAUUGGUGCUUCUGGAAGGUGUGAGUGGCACUUUUAGGCCUGGUGUUCUCACAGCUUUGAUGGGCGUUAGUGGUGCUGGUAAAACUACUCUAAUGGAUGUGCUCGCUGGUAGAAAAACUGGGGGAUAUAUAGAAGGGAACAUUAAAAUUUCUGGGUACCCAAAGAAGCAAGAAACAUUUGCCCGAAUUUCUGGAUACUGUGAGCAAAAUGACAUCCACUCCCCUUGUGUUACUGUCUAUGAGUCCUUGCUCUUCUCAGCUUGGCUUCGUUUAUCGCAAGAAGUUAAUUUUGAAACCAGACAGAUGUUCAUUGAGCAAGUUAUGGAGCUUGUGGAGCUCAAACCAUUAGAGCGGGCAAUAGUUGGGUUGCCUGGUGUGAGUGGCCUCUCCACUGAGCAGCGCAAGAGGCUAACGAUUGCAGUUGAGCUAGUGGCUAACCCCUCUAUAAUAUUCAUGGAUGAGCCAACAUCAGGACUAGAUGCAAGAGCUGCAGCAAUUGUAAUGAGAACUGUCAGGAACACAGUAGACACUGGAAGAACAGUUGUCUGCACUAUCCAUCAGCCGAGCAUUGACAUAUUUGAAGCAUUUGAUGAGCUAUUCCUUAUGAAGCGUGGAGGACACGAAGUUUAUGUGGGGCCGCUGGGUCAUCAUUCCCAACAUCUAAUCAAUUAUUUUGAGGGAAUCGAAGGAGUCGAGAGAAUCAAAGAUGGUUAUAACCCGGCAACUUGGAUGUUGGAAACUACCAGUUUAGCUCAAGAAACAGCUUUGGGUGUUGAUUUUACUGAUGUUUACAAAAAUUCAGAACUCUAUAGGAGAAACAAGGCACUUAUCAAAGAACUGAGCACACCUGCUCCUGAAUCAAAGGAUAUCUAUUACCCUACUCAAUACUCUCGUUCAUUUUCCACCCAAUUCAUUGCUUGCUUAUGGAAACAAAAUUGGUCUUAUUAUCGUAACCCACCAUACACAGCCAUAAGAUUCUGCUUUACAACUAUCAUAGCAGUGAUGUUUGGGACAUUGUUCUGGGACCUUGGCUCCAAAAUCUCAAAGCAGCAAGAUCUAUUUAAUGCAAUGGGUUCCAUGUAUGCUGCUGUGCUGUUCCUAGGGAUCCAAAAUAGUUCCUCUGUGCAGCCAGUAGUGGCUGUUGAACGAAUAGUUUUCUAUAGAGAAAAGGCUGCUGGAAUGUAUUCAGCCUUGGCAUAUGCAUUUGCUCAGGUUGUGAUUGAGCUGCCAUAUAUCUUGGUACAAUCAGUUGUGUAUGGUGUCAUUGUUUAUGCAAUGAUUGGAUUUCAAUGGACUGUUACCAAAUUCCUUUGGUAUCAAUUUUUGAUGUACUUCACUUUAUUGUACUUCACCUUCUAUGGCAUGAUGACAAUAGCUAUGACACCAACUCAACAAAUUGGUCAAAUUGCUUCCGCUGCGUUUUAUGGAAUAUGGAACCUGUUUUCUGGAUUUGUGAUCCCAAGAACAAGGAUGCCCAUAUGGUGGAGAUGGUACUACUGGCUAUCUCCAGUAUCUUGGACUUUGUAUGGACUUGUUGCAUCACAGUUUGGAGAUUUGACGAAUACGCUCGACACAGGUGAAACAGUGAAAGGUUUUGUGGAGAGUUACAUGGGUUUUAAACAUGACUUUUUGGGAGUGGUUGCGGCUGUUAUUGUUGGAUUUGCAGUGCUAUUUGCAUUUACCUUUGCAUUUUCCAUCCAGAUGUUUAAUUUCCAAAGGCGAUAGGAUUGUCUCUUGGUUACUUGGAAAGAACGUGCACUUGCCUAUGCUUUCACAUGUCUAAUUAAUGUCUUGGCAUAUCAGUUGCACAAAAGUGAAAACUGCUUUGCAAUAAGCUCUUUCUUUUACUGUUUACUGUGAGCUACUUUGAGCUGGUACUUGAGUGAGGGUUACUUAACCAACUUUUAGCCUUUAGGUCUUCAGUCAAAUUGUUGAUUUGUGUAGUAAAAACUUAUGAAUUUACUAAGAGGCUUGAAAAUGAAAAAUAUGUGGUGUAAUGGAA